UCAGGUGGAGAUUGGGCCAAGGAAGGAAGGGGGGGAAGGAGAUUGGGGGAAGGAGGAGGUCAGUGCGAAUGGGGCGGAGGAAGGAGGAGAACGGAGGAGAUAGAGGGAAGGAGGUUGGGCGGAGGAAGGAGGAGGACGGAGGAGAUAGAGGGAAGGAGGUUGGGCGGAGGAAGGAGGAGGACGGAGGAGAUAGAGGGAAGGAGGUCAGGCGGAGAUUGGGCGAAGGAAGGGGAGUGAGGUGGCCAGACGAAGGGAGGGAAGAGGGAGGUUUUAAGGGAAGGUCCAGAGGAGGCCGGGAGGAAAGGGAGGCGGCAGGGAGAAGUAAGGCGGAGGGAGGACAGAAACCUCUUCCUACGGUUGAGACUGCUCCACUCGUAGCAGUGCCUAGCCAGGAAACCACAGAGACACCGUCAGAGCUCAGCUGCCUUUACCUUCCACCAACAGAGAAGAGCCAGUACUUACUGGUUGAGAAUAUCCACGAGCUUUGUAGCGACCAGGAGAUCCUGGAUUUGUUUGAAGAGCAUGGUGUCAUAGAAAGCUACCAUUACCAUGUUUUUGCUGCAGCAGCGCUCGUCUUUGCGACUGUGUUCGAGGCUGUAGCUGCACAGGGACUCAACCUGAAUCGGCGUGUACAUGGUAACAAGCUGAUGAUCAGAUUCAUCAAAGAGAUACCACCUGUCGGGCUUGAGACUGCCAAGUUGAAAUCGAAAAGGGCAAUUCUAAAAUGUGACCAUGAGUCUGCAAGUCAGCCUACUGAGGGAGCUACGGGGUCGUGCACCGAGGACUCUGAAAGCCGUGCGGAUGAUAACAAGUGGAUGACAAUGAGGCAGAAGGGAUCAGCGACGCACAGGAAAGUUGACAGGAGUACACAGAGUGAUAGAGCGAACCAAGCAGAACGACAUCUUCUGGAGGAAGCAGAACGCUGCGAACUAAGCGGGAGAGAAAAUAACUCAGAGGAACGAAUGGGCAGAUGUCACCAACCCGAUUGGGAAAUCAGGCAGGGCAUUGUUGAGGCAAAGAAGGAACCAAGUGCCAGUGUGUUGUUCGAUCUGAAACCUGCUGAGAAGCCCGGGCCAUUGCAGGGGGCAUCUCAUGGGGGGAGACCUGGCUUGCAAUCAUCCGCAAGGGAUGAGAAUGGCAAGGGGCAUAAACAGGAUGGAUUUGUUCGCAAGGAAGAAAAGGGGAAAGCCAUCGUAGCUGAAGGCAUGGAACGGAAUCCAAAAGCUCAGAACAGCUCGCAAACAAGUGUCUCGGCUGAUUCAGACGAAGGUAAUUGCCUCACAUAUAACAGAGAUGCAGCUGAAAUGGCCAAGCAGGAUGAGAGCAUGCCAAGUGCCAAUGGAGAUUCUGCCUCGUUAAGAUUGUCGAGAUGCUCUGGUCAGGUGGUGGCUCAAGAAGGUGGGCAUGUCAAACGUCCCAGCAAUCUUGACAAACAUGGUCUUGUUAGUCACUUCGGAAAGUCUCGUUGUGAGAAGGCAGCUGCAGCAGGCAGUCAAACUUCUGCAAUUAAUUCCUUGCCACCCGGCGCCGUGCAGUUUCCUGUGAUGGAUCAUGUGUUACCUCCAGGAGUGGGUUCUACAAUGUCUCUGGCUGUCGGUACUGCACUUCCGCUGUGCUUGGCAUCCGCUCUGCCUCCUGUUGUGCCACUGGCACUUGGCACAUUAGCGCCACUUUUGGGCCCCGUGGUGGCCCCAGCAUCCCCUCUUUUGUCACUCUCAGUACCCUUGGCUACAUCAGGCGUUGCGUCUUUCUCUUCGCCAUUGAGCACCUCUUCUGCAGCAGGGAAAGCUAUUCUUCGUCAUCGGUUUGAAUUCGGACUGGUGGUGGCUUGUAGUGAUUCAACGUGGGAUGCAUGCAAAACAUGGAAGCAGUUCUCUCUGCCAAGCAAAGAUCUCCUUAAUGUGCCAAACAUAAAGCCUCAUAAUUGCUUGCUUUUCAUGUACAACAUUCACUCAAGAAGGCUUCAUGGUGCAUUCCAGUCGCUGGCCAAGGGUCUUGACAUAUCUUCAGAGCUUCAGCAAGUGCCGGCGGUUGGCGGCGGGACAAUCAUGCAGCAAUUUUCGGUACCUCGUGUGAGAGAGAAAAUUGGCUUUGGUGUUAAAGAACUAUAUCCUAUCUCAUUAGGCCAAAGCCAGCUAGCAUCUGUGUUCACACAUGGAGAAAUUGACGCACAGGAUUUGCCUCUGGAACUAAGCUACGAGGAGUGAAAGUAACUACCAAACCAGUUCAUAUUUGGUUAGCUGAAGCUCAUGUAGAAGCACCCACCGCUGAAUCUGUUAUCUUAGUGGGAACUCUCUUCUGAAUGGCUAUGCAAGUGAGUUAACAUUGCUGCUAGGCUACCAGUGAAAGGCCUUCCACGGUUCAGACCCCAAAUUUGGGUCUCAGGGUCAGAGGCCUGGUCAAGAGGGGCCGAGUUCGUCAAAUUCAGAAAAGUCACAGUCUGGUACCUCAGCAGUCCAGUCCAACAGGCAACCAUCAAACAGACACAUCUUAGGGGCAAGAGUCACGUUUCAUAAUGAAAAGUCAUAUUGACG